CCACCAACUUUAAUUCUCCUCUCCUCCAUACUCACCCAUCCCUCAAUUCCACCUUCAAUUAAAAACACUUCCUCCCCAAACAAAUGGCGAUCAGGAAAUCCAGCAAGCUCUCUCAAGCAGCAACCCUGAAACAAAUCAUGAAACGAUGCUCGAGCUUGGGCAAGAAGCACGGGUACGACGAAGACGGCCUCCCCGUGGACGUCCCCAAAGGCCACUUCGCGGUGUACGUGGGGCAGAACCGCAGCCGCUACAUCGUGCCCAUCUCCUUCCUGUCUCACCCCCAAUUCCAAUGCCUGCUUCACAGAGCCGAGGAGGAGUUCGGAUUCGACCACGAAAUGGGCCUCACUCUUCCCUGCGAAGAGGUUUUUUUCAGAUCGCUCACUUCCAUGAUCCGCUGAAUCUCAACCAUCCCAUUCCGCCGCUCAAUAUAAUUUGCCUCCUAUUUUUGGAGAGAGAUUCCCAAGAGGAUAAAUUGCCUCCUCUUUUUUUAACAUCUUUCUUCCUAUAUUUAUUUGGAGGGAUCUGUCAUUUUGGGUGGUUGCUUUUCUAUCUAACUGGAUUGUGGCUUGGAUUUGUAAAGGAGCUCGAUGUUUCUCAUUUUUCCUCACUGAGGUGUUUGCUUACACCCUGUGAGAGAAUUUUUAUGUUAAUUCCACCACGUUUUUUCACAA